UUGGCCGACACCUGAGUGAGCGGACGAGUCUCAGUCGCCGAGAGUGCACUCACUGCUCUUGCAGACACCACCUCAGUGCUCCCAAAAUACCCCGGAAUCGCAUCCACGAAUACGUGAUGUCGACGACGCAGGUUCUGAUCAGCGGUCCGCACGUGGGGCUGGGCCGUCUGCAGAGUCAGGUGCCCGACGGUGAUUUUGGAGCCGAGCUGCCCGUGGAAACCCGCAGGGUGGCCCGCAAGCAGCUCAGGGAGGACGAACACGCGCGUCAACAGGCCCUGCAGCAAUUCAGGGACUGGGCCUCGAAAAGCCAGGAAGUGCAAAACUGCCGAUUGGACGCCAACUUCAUGUUGCGAUUCUUGCGAGUGAAGAAGUUCAGCGUGCCGAUGGCUCAGCAAACCCUUCUUAAGUACCUGAGUCUGCGCCAGACCCUGCCGCACCUUUGCAAGAGGCUCGACUAUCUCGAGCCGUCAGUCAAUCAAUUGAUCGCAGCUGGUUACAUCUUCCCCCUUCUCGAGCGGGACAGCGAAGGAAGAAAGGUCAUCUUCACUGCUGCCAGCAAACUGGACCCGUACAAGUUCACGUGCGCAGACAUGGCCAAGGCGCACUUCAUCACGUACGAGGCCCUGAUGGAGGACGAGCUGAACCAGGUGCACGGAUUUUGUCACGUGAGCGACCUCUCGGGCGUCUCGGCCGCGCACGUCACGUUGUGGUCACCCUCAGAGUUCACGACCGCCGUCAAAUGGGGCGAGCAAUCCAUUCCGAUGCGCCACCGCGAAAUGAACUUCAUCAACCUGCCCGCACCCGUCAGACUUGUCUACGACCUCGCCAGAUCGACCUUCAGUGAAAAGAUGAGGAAGAGAUUCAAGGUUCACUCGAAUCUGAAAGAGCUGCACAACAAGGUGGACGCCCAGAUUUUGCCCAAGGAAUACGGCGGAAAGGUGCCCAUGCAGGAGAUGAUAGAUGCGUGGAUGCGCGAGCUGAAAGGAAAACGCGAGCGGCUGAUGGCCCUGGACAAAAUGUCCCUCACGUGCGUCUACAAGCCGCAACGCAAUCGCAAAUCCGGCAGCGGCGACUCGUCCCUCAAGUCCACCAUCAACAGCCUGCCCGGCAGCUUCAGACGCCUCGAGGUCGAUUAGCCCCUCAAGAGCCUCACCCCUUUCACAUUUUGUAAUAUACACGUCGUCGUGCCCUCUGAGAGGGAAAUCGUUUUGCUCAUACAAACUUUGCACGGUGAGAGUAAACUUCAAUUUUUUUCCUCAAAAGCCCUUUUUUCGUCCCGUCCUCAAAAGAUUUUCAAGCGCGCCCUUUUUUUAGAAUUCGGCAGGACUUCUCUCACAAAGUGGGCGAGAUUUAAUGUUAAUUAAUUGCACUAAUUCACUCGUUUUUCUUCACCUCAACCGUGUACAUAGUCCGCAUCACAAUUGAAAUGGUCGUUUUUGAAGAAAUCCCAUUGUCCAUCCAUUUAUACUCGUUAUUAUUUUGUACUUGUUAUGCUAUGUAAAUAAUCUCUGUGAAUUAUUUUGAAAAAUAAAAUAUAAGACAAAUUUAGUAUCUUUGUUAUUUAA